AUGCCUUCAAUUGGGAAUUCUACUAUUCUUAUUAUCGGCGGCUCUUACGGGAUAGGAUGCGGCGUCGCGCAAAAAGCCCUCUUCGAGGCUUCGGUGGUUCAUAUUGCGUCUUCGAACUCUCCUCGGGUCCGGGAGAUCACUGACGCACUGAAAACACAAUUUCCAAAUGCGCGAAUUUCCGGACACGUCUGCGACCUUGCGGGGCCAGACGUCGAGAAAAGCCUCGAACGCCUCCUGGCCACCAUCGCACCACUUGACCACAUCGUCUUUACCGCUGGUGACAGUCUGGCCAUUCAACCUUUGAGCACCAUCGAUCUUGAUGCCAUCCACCGGGCAGGCCACGUUCGAUUUUCUGUUCCUCUUUUACUCGCAAAGCUAGGCCCUCGUUUCGUCAAUCCGGUUUAUAAAUCAUGGAUCACACUCACCUCCGGGGCCGGCUCACAAAAGUCAUUCCCGAAUUGGUCAUUAAUCGCUGGAUAUCAUACAGGUAUUUAUGGUAUAACCUGUAACCUUGCGUUGGACUUGAAACCCCAUCGAGUCAACCUUGUUAGCCCUGGUGUAAUUGCAACCUACCUUUGGGGAUCAGAUGGAGUGCCCGACGAGGUGAAAGACCACCACAUUGAGUAA